AUGGAUCUCACGACGGAGGUGGAGAAAUCUCAUAUUCAGUCGUUUUUCGCGCAGUGUAUCGGUCGUCUGAAGGGAUCCGACAAAAAGCUUCCUCAGGUUCACCUAAUGAAAGAGCUGUGUAUGCGUGGAUUUGCUGUUCAUCACAGUGGAAUCCUUCCGAUCCUCAAAGAAGUUGUGGAGUUGCUGUUUCAAAAGGGAUACGUCAAGAUUCUCUUCGCUACGGAGACCUUUGCGAUGGGUGUGAACAUGCCGGCGCGAACUGUCGUAUUUGACAGUAUCCAAGAAGCACGAUGGCAUGGAACUGAGAACGCUGAAUGCUGCAGAGGUAAAGCAGCUCCCCUUGUCUCACAGUUUCGUGUGACGUACUCAAUGCUGCUGAAUUUGUUGCGGGUUGAACAUCUGCGAGUGGAGGAUAUGUUGCAAAGAUCUUUUGUAGAAAGUGCCGCCCAGCAGCAGCUGUCUGCAUUGCCAAAAAUCGACUGUCAGAUGUGUGAUCCAGGGGAGGCAACAGUGAGUCCAAUUCGACAGUACCACGACGUUUUGGUGAACUUUAUAGAGAGAAAGUCGGACUUGUGGCUACGGUUAGCCUCUGAAUCAGCCAUGGAUAAACGUCUGAAAUGUGGACGAGUUUUGUUAGUGUCCAGUGCUCAUCAUAAUUUACAAAACCAGCUGGUUUUGCUAGUAAAGGAAAUCCAAGGAGAAGGCAAACGAGCUUUUCAAGUGUUGGUGCCAUGCUGGGAGUCCGAAUCGAAUGAGCAAGAUUGGCUGGAAGAAUCAUGCGUCCUGGAAGGCCUAACUCAGUGGUAUUGA